UCCUCCCCACCACGUGUCCAGCUGCCUCACGAACACGUCCCGGGAGUUCUCCCACACACACUCCGCUCACUCCCUCCUCGUCAGGUGGGCUCUUCAUAGCUCCCAACCUUCCUCGGCUGGGACAACCACAGGCCAUCCAGCUCAGUUCUGUCAGGUUUAUCCCCUUGGACCCCUUUCCGUCCCACGGCCCGGCACACUGCUGCCAAAUCCCAGCGGGAUCAAUCCACACUGUCCGGGUCCCCCAUUACCCACGGCAGAGAAGCCCUGGAACCUAAGGUUCUACCGAAAGUUGCAGGAAAAGCCAAUACACAAAGUGUGACAAUGGACCCAGAGCAGCAAUCAGUCAGGCUACUUGGAGACCCUGCCCCUGGCUGUCCUCACUCUCUCCUCAGGGGAGCCUCCCACCCUCUCACCUCGCCCUGGCACUGCCCACACCACACUGAUACUGGCGGUGCCCCAGACUGGGAGCACCCAGGGCAGGGUCUGACUUUUUAUCUCCUCCAGGCAGGGCUUGGCCCAGAGCCCAGAACAUGGUGUGGUGAGUCCAGGCAGUGACACAUUUCCCGUUUACUUUUCACUGCAGCCCCCCUAGGACUGCAUCCGAUCCCUUGAUUUGGGGAGGGGUCUACAGGCAGUGCUAGGAGUUAAACCACGGACUUGCCCACUGGACACAUGCCCGCACAGGAGCCCUGUUUGCUGCUGCCACUGCAGCUGUGGAGCAUCAUGGCAGACAAUGGGCGUUUCACAGCGGGACGUCGCUGCUGGACUGGGGCCAGCCGCUGGGAAGGAGGCGGCGUCCAGCCCGGCCCGAUCGCCCCCUCAGAGACCCGAAGGAUGGGGUCGAGGGGUCUGCACAUCCAGACAGAGCCAACUACAGAGGCCCAGUAAAAACAAGCUCAGGAGACUGCACGAGACCAGGAGAAGCCAGCCUGUUGAGGCCUCAGGGAAGCAAGGGCCAAGGCCAGACCAGCGGGCCUGGGGAGCCCAGGGCCGGGACGCCUGCCAAGACAGGCUUCAGCCACCAGGGGGCGCAAGCCGAACAGAGGAGGGGGCAGUAGACAACUGGAAAAAAGUUAAAGUUGCAGGUGUCACCCCCUGGAUCCACCACAGGAGGGUGAAGAGUGCAUACCACGCAGACCCGGAGGACGCCGAGUGGACUACACAAAAGGACCCCACUGAUCCCUGUGAAACCAAGAUCAUCUCAAAGAAGAAAAAGAGAUGAAGCUCUACAAUCAACUGCUGCUAAAGGACUUGCUGGUAUCAUCUUGAGACUAACCAUAGUUUCAGUAUAAACAGGGACCUGUGCUAUAAUUAAAGUUGAAUGUUGUGUA